AUGACAAGAAUCGGCAGAAUCAACCUGCAGCAAGUUGUGUUCUGGGUACGACAUCGGGUGCGUUAUUCACUCCUCAACAACCUGCGCGGUCGCGAGUCGUGUCUUGCAGGUGAUGAUGGUGGAAAAGAGAACCAGCCUCACACCGCAGCCCAUUUCUACACACCCAUCCUCACGACAGAGGACCACUCGCAACUGCGUCAGAUUGAUCUCAUCGCCGACUCUGCUGGCGACAACGUGUUUUCAUUCAAGAUGCUGCUUGACGUGGCUUGCACAUACCGAUAUGAGGACAAGACGGGUUUCGGGCAAUUGAAUACUGACGCGUUAUGA